AUGAACCAUUUCUUUCACGUUUCUGUGGGUGAUCUGUUGCGACAGCACGAACGGAAUGGAUGGAUCGCAGAACCCCAGAUACGAGAGUGUUUGCGAACAGGAGCGUUGGUGCCGGCAGGAUACCUCGCCGGGAUCUUGAAGAGCUCUCUUGCCGAUCAUAAAGACACAGCCACCGAGAUUAUCCUUUUGGAUGGAUUUCCCAGGCGAAUUGACCAGAUCGAACAGGUUCAGGAGGUCAUAGGUUUGCCAUAUGCCGUGUUCUUCUUCAACUGCUCAAAGGAGAUUGCGCAGCACCGUGUGAUGCAUCGAUCGCUGCCCUACCGCGAGCAUGACGAAGAUCUCUUUGAACGUCGCUAUGCCGAGUUUUGCCACAACAAUCCUGCCGUCAUCCAGUAUUUUCGGGACAAGGAGAUCUUGAUCGAGGUUGACACGAGCGGUUCGACACCGGAAUCGUACCGGCUUCUUCUAGAGGCAUUGCAAAGUCGUGGAAUUGUGCAGGGCGGGACAAUCGGGUGA